UCUCCCGAAAGGUAAGAAGUGAAUGGUAGGCAGAGAAAGAGGAAUGUGAGAUUGAGUCAUAAAGUCACUUCAAACCUUCCCAUGGAUAUCUAACCCCCUCUCUUUCUCCUUACUAAAUGAAUCCAAUUGAUUCGUUCCUUUCAAACGGCUGGCAGAGCAGCAUUAAAGAUCGAACAAUAUCUUUUCUCCCUAAUGCGGUCUGAUCAUUCUGGAACUGCCGCAUCUCUCUACGUUUAUAUAAUAGCUAUCGACUGCUUUCCCCCUCUCUGUGUCUGUCCCCGUGAAAGAGAGGCGGAGAAGAGAGAGUGAGUGGGGAUGGGAAAGAAAGGCCUUCCCAAGUCUCUCCGAACGUAUCUCUCCAAACUCAAGAAGGUACCAGCUCAUCUGCACAUACCCAAUUCCCCACACCCUGCCACCGCCACCAGUUGGUUGUUGUCGGCGUGCAAGUAUCCCAAGACCCCUUCCUUCGCGGCCGAUCGAGACCACCCCGACGACGACGGCGGCCAUGGGCAUGAGCAUCGCCAUGACCACGGCCUCGACCUCGCCGCCACCCUCUCCGACGUCGACCGCUUCCUCCACGAGAACUUCAACUCCAUCUACCCGCGGGAGGACGACGGCGAGGAGUUCUCCUCCUCCGAGCCCCCAGCCAGGUACGACGAGGACCCGCCGCCCACCGCGUUCCGCUCGUCCGAGCCCUUCUUCGUUUCCUCCGGCACGUCCAACUCACUCCUCGACGAGGCCCGGGCGAGCGCCACCUCGUCCUCGUUCUCCUCGUCGCCAUCGGUGUCGUGCUCCUUCCAGGAGUCGUCCGACGCAGGGGCGGAGGUCCCGGGCGGCGGCGUGGCGGUGAUGACGUUCUCCAAGGACCCCUACGACGACUUCCGCCGGUCCAUGCAGGACAUGGUGGAGGCGCGGCACGUGGACCCUAACCAGCCUUUGGACUGGGACUUCAUGGAGGAGCUCCUCUUCUGCUACCUGGAUCUCAACGAUCAUAGCGUCCAUAAGUACAUCUUGAGGGCCUUCACCGAACUCACCGCCAGCUUCCGCCGCCGUGUUAUGGUCCGGAGGCGUAGAGCACCGUCGGGUGGCAACGUGACGAGUAGGAGGAUGAUGAUGAGCAGGAGACCAGCCGACGCGGCCGGAGACGGGUGUAUGGUGGUGCCGCGUCAUUUUCCGCCAACCGGCUGACAUGGACUGAAACUAAUCACACAGAGAGAGAGAGAGAGAGAGAGGAUUUCGGGAUUGUAGAUAGAAUAUAUUGUCUAAGAUUAUAUAUAUGUAUAUAUAUAUAUAUAUAUAUAUAUAUAUAUAUAAAAUUGAUGAACUCUUUUCCAUGCAUAUUUUAUGUUAAUUUAUUUUGACUAGUAAUUUUCUUUUAAUU